AUGAGCGCGCGUCACUUCUGUAUCCCCGGCCUCUUCUUCCUGUUCUGCGCUUUCGUCCUUUCACUCAUCGUCUCGAUCUCGCUUCCGUCCUUGCCUGCGCUCGACAUCGCGCGCACCAAGUUUUCCGGUGGAACCACCCAAGUCAGCAAUGUGGAUGGAGGGGUGAAUGAGUUGCGCUUCGGUGUUUGGGCGUAUUGCGCAUACGUCAAUGGCGACCGUAGCUGCAUCGACCGCGGCCAUGGCUACUCUGUGGACGUUUCGAGCAACAGUCACACCGAAGACAUUACCGGGGGUUGGACCCGUGGACUCGCCGUGCACCCUGCCGCCACCAUCGUGACGUUCCUCGCACUCCUCGCGGGAUGCUCGACGCACAUCACCCUGAUGCUUCUCGCGUCCAUCCUCUCUUUCCUCGCCGCCAUCAUCACCCUCAUCGCGUUCGCCAUCGACAUAGCGCUCUUCGUCAACGUACACAACUCGCUGAACAACUUUGACAACCUCCGCGUCGACACGGAUACCGGUCCUGGCUUCUGGAUCACCUUCGUGACUCUGCUUCUGCUGCUUGUUUCCGGCUGCACAGUGUGCUUCGGCCGCCGCCGCGAGCGCAUGUCCGGCGCGACUGCAACGACUUACCCUGAGAAGCCGGGUCUCCUCUCGCGCUUCCGUCGUCGUCGUGGUGCGGCUGUCUGA